UUUCACUCUUACCUGAUAUUAGUUAAAUAGUACUUUCUCCUUUUAAUAAUAAUAAUUUAAAAUAUCAAAAUACAGCUUUUAAAAAAUUUCAACUGUUAUCAUGAAACUUCAUUUUAACUAUACUCAUUUGCUUUUGUCAAAUUUCACUGUACAUUUAACUUCAAAUCAUGGACUACAGAACUCCAAAAAAAUACAGUAUUUUAUUUUUUUUUACAUUGGCAAUAGAUUGGCUUGAAGAGCUUAUUGGUUAUGAUUUGAUUUCAAAAAUUCCAGUUUUUACAAUGUAUUCAAAAGAAAAAGAUGGUUUUAUGAAAGGUGUACGUCACGCUUUGGAUCUGCCUCUUUUUAAAAAAUGUGCGGAAUUAACUGUUUUAUUAGACAGAGGCAAUAUUUUGGAACUGCACAAUUUCUUUCCCAUUUUAAUAAACCACAUAUUUGGUCCCCAAGGCAAUUUAGGUUGGGAGUUAAGAACUACUGAUGAAAAUGACUGUGAUAACUUUCGACAGUUGCACCAGUUCUUAUCACCCCACGGACCAGUUUUCAAACUUAUUUACACGUUAUUAAAAGAUCCCGCAAUAAAGUAUGAUUUUUCUUUGUCGUUUUUGCCAACAAGGAUACGGCAAUUUCUUGAACACUCACAAAAUCAUCCUUUUUACUCAGAUUUGGUGCACAUAAAUCCUCAAACUAAAGAAGUUGUAGCUCUUCUAUUAAAUCCUUUUGAUUAUUACAUGUUUCACUUUGCCUACCAUUUAAUAAACCCAUGGCAUCAGAGAGUGUCCUCAGAUAAAUCCUGGAAAACAGUAUACUAUGAAUUAUGUUGUGACUAUAUUUUAUAUUUCCUUCCCACUGAACCAGGAGCUAAUAUCCUUCCAAAUAUUCAGUAUGUGGGUAAAAAUCCAUUGCCCAACCUACAACCUAACAUAAAUCAUAUACCACAACCUGGAACUGGUUUAAUAAACCGAUCAGUUUUAACAAAAGGUGCUGAUGAAACACUUCAUAAAAACUUGGAAAAACACCCUAGAAAUGAAAUAUGGAGAAGUGAAACUGUUUUAACUGUGUUUAUUGACAUUUGGCUGAACAAUGAUCAAGUUACAAAACAAACCAAUGACCUGGAUGCUUCAUUAAAUGGCACAUUUAGACUUAAUGAACUGCCCACAUCUGAAUACAUAAGGAUUUUAAGGGUCUUGAUCAAGCAACUGCAUGCAUUUUCAGCAAGUGCAAAGGCUGAUGACACUAAUUUAUGUGAACUGAAAAAAAUUGCCAUUCCAAUGGUCCAAGGAAAAUUUUACAUAUUUCUAAGGAAUCUGAUACACAAAUGGCCACUGGAUGGUUCAUUUAGACUUGUAUUAGAAUUAUGGCUUACUUACAUUCAACCUUGGAGGUAUCCACCAACAAAUCUAGUCAGGUUGAGAGAACGAAAUGUGGAAGUUGAUGAUCUAACAAGUAAUGGAAAUCAUUUUUGUGAUAGAGAAUAUUUGCCAUUCAUUGCUGAAAAUUUAUUGGCUUAUGUGGUCAUUUUCCAACAGUUAUUGCCAAGAUUCACCAGAGUAGAUCUAGUGAGUCCAAAAAUGUCUUUGAUGCUGUAUAGAAUUGCCAAAGUGUUUGACCAACCGAAUUUGGCUACCUUCCUGAAAGAAAUUGAAAGUUGUGUUGAAAACAAUCACAGCCCAACACAUUACAAAUACAAUUCACAUUGGGCGAGUAGCCUUCCCCCUUUGUCGCCCACCAGCAACUGGUCGUCAAACACGUCAAGUUACGUCAAUAAACCCAAUUCAGUGUCACCGAGAGCUUUAAGAAUCGAUGUAAACGGCACAUCAUUCCUCAACAACAGCAUUCAAAGCGAGAAACGGUGGCAUCCGAUAGUACGACAGAAAAUAUUCGAGUUGGAGGGGCCAAAUUUUUGUUACAAGGCGCUGUUUAUGUCACCUCCGGCCGCUGAAGUUUACGAUCUUAUUUAUCAUAUUAAAAGGAACAUAGUGAUGGCGCAAGAUUUACUUAGGCAGAAGCAACAGGAAGAGGCGCAGUUGACCAACGGGUUUUGGGCUUCUUUGAAGAGUUUGUGGAACCCUCCAUGUUUGGCUGAUGAGUUCACCAUGGUGGAAAGAACGAAGGUUCCAUCCUAUUUGGAAGUUUCUUUGCAAAAUUUAAAGGAUAUUUUCCAAAUUAAUGAGGAAUGUGAAAGAGAACUAGAACAGCCAUCUGUAACAAACAGUGGUAUUGAAUUUACUCAAGACUAUAAGUUUCUUACUCCAGAGAAAGUUAGAAGCAGAAUUAAGAACAUUAAAUAUGAUGGUGAUCCUGAUUUACAUCCCAUUAGAUCUAAUGAAAAUGUAUUUUUAGUACGGAUUUUAUAUCAACUUUCCUUAAAAAUUAACAAAGAGUUUGGACCAACAUUUUACCGAUUAUAUCACACGCCUACAUUCACGGGCAGAUUUGCCAGACAGUUCUUGUGUCCGCCCAUUACAGUGUACAAAUACGAUAAAACGUUGCCAGGAUCUCCAAGAGUCAGCUCAAACUUACCUCCAAGGAUUAGUCUGAGAAAUAUGGCGGGAUACCGAUUCUUAACUUACCUUAUACUGGGAGCACUUUGUGCCUUAAUUAUGGACAUCAGCAUUCCCCUAUAUCUAUUUUUGGUCUUGCUAUCAGUUUUCAUUUAUAAAUGUAUUAAGGCGAUACCUAGCUCUUGCACGUCAGUAAACCACAAUUAUCCCACUCAAGGAUUUGGGAAUAUUAGCUUUAACGACUCAUUUUAACAAAUGGUAUAUAAUGGUAAUUAUUAUGUAAGGCGUGUCUCAAAAUGGUAAUUAUUAUACAAUUAUUGAAUCUAUUUAAUUCACAAAAUUGAUGAGUGAAAUCGAUUGUUUUUUGUUUUCAUAUUUAUAAUGAUUUAUUAAAUAAACAUAUAAAUAUCAAUAAA